GGUUUUUCGAAAAUUUUAUAUUAAAAAGUAAAAACAACACACCCUGUCAAAAACCCACAACAGCUAGAGAACCUAGAGAGAGAGAGAGAAAGAGAACACCUUGUCUGUGCCCGAAGAAAUGUCAAACUGUCAUCAUCAUCUUCUUCUUCAUCAUCACCACCAUUUUCAAGUUUAAAUUAUUCCACAACUACUUCUUCUUUUCUUUUCUUUUCUUUUCUUUUCUUUCUCUUCUCUCUCAAACUCCUUUCUCUCUAUUUUCUCUCUUUCUGUGUUUUUGUCUAAAGGAGCAGCCAUGGGGGUUCCAGCAAUGGCUGCGGAUCCACUGAGCGAGAAAGCAGCUAUGAUGAGGGAAUCGCUUCAGAAGAGCCAAACCAUCACGGAUAGCGUCGUUUCCAUUCUGGGUUCCUUUGAUCACCGCCUCUCUGCCCUUGAGACCGCCAUGCGACCUACCCAGAUUAGAACGCAUUCUAUUCGGAAAGCUCAUGAGAAUAUUGAUAAGACUUUGAAGGCUGCAGAGGUUGUAUUGGCACAAUUUGAUCUUUCCCGUCAGGCGGAAGUGAAAAUACUAAAAGGACCACAUGAGGACUUGAAGAGUUAUCUAGAAGCUAUUAAUCAGCUAAGAAGAAAUAUCGAAUUUUUUGGCAGCAUCAAAGGUUUUAAGAGUAGUGAUGGAGUUAUCAAUCAUGCAAAUAGUUUACUUACUAAAGCUAUUUCAAAGCUUGAAGAGGAGUUUAAGCAGUUAUUAUCAUCUUACAGCAAACCUGUGGAGCCUGAACGUCUUUUUGAUUGCCUCCCAAACUCACUCCGACCAUCCUCAGGAUCUCCUGGUCUGGGUGAUUCAGGUGGCAAGCAUCAUAAUCCUUCUGAGCACCAAAACAGUAGCUUAGAAAAUGUUGUUUACACACCUCCUACUCUUAUACCGCCAAGGGUUCUUCUGUUGCUGCGUGAUUUAGCUGUGCAAAUGGUUCAAGCUGGUCACCAACAGCAGUUGGUGAGAAAUUACAGGGAUGUCCGUUCAUCAGUUUUGGAAGAAAGCCUUAGAAAAUUGGGAGUUGAAAAACUUAGCAAAGAGGAUGUCCAGAAGAUGCAAUGGGAGGUUUUGGAGGCCAAAAUUGGAUAUUGGAUUCACUACAUGCGCAUUGCUGUCAAAUUGCUGUUUGCUGGAGAGCGGAAUGUUUUAGAUCAACUAUUUGAAGGCUUUGAUUCUCUCAGUGAUCAAUGUUUUGCUGAAGUCACCACAAGUAGCGUUUCAGUGCUGCUUAGUUUUGGGGAGGCAAUUGCAAAUAGCAAGAGGUCACCAGAAAAGUUGUUUGUACUUUUAGACAUGUAUGAGAUAAUGCGAGAACUUCAUACAGAGAUUGAAACAAUAUUUAAAGGUAAAGCGUGCAGUGAAAUAAGAGAGUCAGCAUUGGGUCUUACAAAAAAGCUUGCCCAGACAGCUCAAGAGACAUUUGGUGAUUUUGAAGAAGCAGUUGAGAAGGAUGCAACAAAAACUGCUGUAUCAGAUGGAACUGUUCAUCCUUUGACAAGCUACGUUAUUAACUAUGUGAAAUUUCUAUUUGAUUACCAAUCGACCUUGAGCCAACUUUUCCAAGAAUUUGAAAAAGGAGAUGAUUCUGGUUCGCAGUUAGCCUCUGUAACCAUGCGAAUAAUGCAGGCUCUUCAAACCAAUUUGGAUGGGAAGUCUAAGCAAUACAAGGAUCCUGCUUUAACACACCUAUUUCUCAUGAACAAUAUUCACUACAUGGUCAGAUCUGUACGAAGAUCUGAAGCCAAGGAUUUGUUAGGGGAUGAUUGGGUGCAAAGACACCGGAGGAUAGUGCAGCAACAUGCAAAUCAAUACAAAAGAAAUGCUUGGGGAAAGGUUCUGCAAAUUCUAUCUGUUCAAGGCCUGGCCUCAUCUGGAGGGGGUAGCACAGUAGGUGCUGAUGGAGGUAAUAGUAGUGGAGUUUCAAGAGCAAUGGUUAAAGACAGGUUCAAGAUAUUCAAUACACAAUUUGAGGAGCUUCAUCAAAAGCAAUCACAAUGGACAGUUCCUGACACCGAGCUGCGUGAAUCGCUGAGGCUAGCAGUUGCUGAAGUCUUAUUGCCUGCAUACAGAUCUUUUGCAAAACGUUUUGGGCCUCUGGUUGAGAAUGGAAAGAACCCCCAGAAGUACAUCAGAUUCUCUGCAGAGGAUCUUGAACGAAUGCUGGGUGAAUUUUUUGAGGGGAAGAAUGUGAAUGAACCCAAGCGGUAGAUGCAUACAAGGUUAACAUGAUCUUACCCAAUGGCUAUUCAUUUUUCUUUUCGGGGAGGUCAGUUAAUGAAUUUCUGAAUGAUUCUUUGGUAGAAUGUUUAUCUAGGCGUCAUUGAGCAGUAUUUUGUAUCUAUCUAUUAGUUGCUGGAAAUGCCACAUCAAAUGUGAUAUAAGUUGGUGAUCUGAAUCUGAUGCCAUAUCAAAUACUGAAUAAAGAGGUGUUUCUCCAUGGUUUUAGGCUUUUGGAAGUAAAUAUUUGUAAUAUGAUGUAAGUAGGUUGUCGUGACACAGCACAUUCUGUUGGAGUAUAAUUUUAUACUUAUUUAUUUUUCA